GAAAAGUAAAAUUUGUAGUAUAUCAGCUCCCUGCUCCAUCCUCACCGCUCACUCCUCUCUCCUUCACUCCUCUCCACCGCCUGUGGUGCCGCCUUCGCCAAGAUCACCACCGUCUCCCUCUCCCUAAGCCUAAGCUGAAGAAGCAGCACGCCGCCGCCAACUCCGCUUCAGCAAAAAUCGAUGGUGAAGAGGAAAUCCGGUGAGAUUAACAACGGUGAGCGGUUAGCGGCUCUGGCCAGACCAAAAAUCGGUACCCUUUUUGUUUUUAUGCUUUCCCUUUUCUCCCAUUUCCCAUUCCACUGCGAAUUUUUCUGUUUUAGAAACAACUAGUCUCCAGCGCAUAUGUAGAUCACAUUCUGUAGUCUACAUAUUGCAUGUGUGGAGGAGUAAUUUGCUUGGUUAAGUAUAUGCCUUGAAAACUUAUUGUGUAUGCGAAUAUCUUUUCUGUGAAAUGCUUUCAGUCUUCCUUUGUACGUAGGGCUCAGAAAACAUUUUUGAGAAAAUAUUUUCCUGGGCCUUGAUUCCUUAGGCUAUGUUUUAAUCCUGAAAAAUGCAAGGAAAGGAAAGAAAAUGCUAUGGUACAUUGUUUUUAUUUAACUCUCAAAAUGCAGAGGACAAUGAUGUAUGACAAGUGCUCUAUACUUUUGUAACAUAUGGUACAUUGUUUAAUAUGUUUAUAAAAUGACGUGUAUUAGUGUGUAUGUGCUGAACUAUGGAAUGUGUCUGUGUUUCAGAGAAUAACCCAAUCAGUGACUAUCUAAUGUCAAAGAUUACAUGGAGGAUCGAUAACUUCUCACGUUUGGAUGUUCAGAAGCCUUACUCUUCAGUGUAUGAAUUAAAUGAGUACAAGUGGAGGUUGCUGCUUUAUCCAAAGGGAAACGACACAGCUCAUUUGUCUCUGUACCUAGGUGUGCCUGACCUGCUUAGCUUACCCGAUGGUUGGCGUAUACCUACAAAGUUUAGUCUAGCCCUUAUUAACCAGUUAGACCCAAAGAAAACCAUUAAGAAAGAAACCAAACAUGCUUUCAAUGCUCACGAGAGUGACUGGGGCUUCACUUCAUUCAUCCCACUCCGCGAAUUUCAUAACAUAUCUGAAGGUUAUCUUCUUAAUGAUACAUGCCUGAUCGAAGCUGAAGUAUAUGUCCCUGAUGCUUCUUUAUGUCUGACGAACAAUGCUACUUCUCCUGUUUCCCCAUAUCAAGCUAUUGAUUCUUCUUCUGCUGUUGCUCUUGAUCCUGUGGAAUCUGUGUACUCUCGGGUUCAAUCUGUUCUCAAGUCACUACCCAAGUCACCGUCCAACUUAGCCUCUGCUGCUAUUCCAUGUGAAGUUCCUUUGUUUAAAGACCGUGCAACUUCUGCAAAAGAAAUCUUUGACAAGCUGAUAUUAUACCCUUUGGAGGACUUAGCUGAUCGAAAGCAUGAACCUGCAAUGUUGGAGUCACUCUCCAUACUCACUAACAAUCUUUCUUUGUUCAGCAAUGAGCAGGCGGAAGAGAUUUUGAGCUUGAAUGUUUCUUUUCCUCAGAUGAUGCGGGAAUGGAGGGACUUGAGUAAAGUCAAGGGGGGCAGUGAGCAUCUCUGGGCUACUUUUGAGAACACGAAGCGUUUGCUGGAGGAUUUAGUGAAAACGGAUGAAGGGAUAAAGAGUACACUGGAGGUGCUAGUUAGGAGAGAAAAGGAAUUGAAAACUGAGCUGGAAGAAAUUGAAAGCGAUAUGCGGCAACUGAAGGUGGAAAGAGGAGAAGUGUCGAAACAGACGAAGAAAGUGUGUGCUCUUGCUGAGGAGCAGGCUUGCAUUAUUGAAGGAAGAGAGGCUGAGGUGGAUGGCGCUAACAAAAAGAUGGAUGGUUUGAAAUCUAAAUGGGAUGCAAUUAGACUUCGUCUAGUUACUAAGUAAGUUGUGGGCUCGUUUAGACCUAAUUAUGUGUAUAACUCAGGUUUAAAAUUUUACUUUAUCUGCCCAAACAAUAGCGAAAGCCAAGUGAUACAAAAUGGUCAGAGUAUAUGGUUUCAAAACUCAAUUAGUCAAUUGUAGGUAUUGCUUAUUAACCUUAUUAAGAGAUUAACCAUUGGAAGUGAAUCUGUCAAGAAUGUUGUUCUUUCAAUCAAUUUAAGGUAGCGUAUAGAUUGUUUUUAGGUUCUUGUGCAGGCCAAAUGCAUGUGAAACUUCUUCAGCCAUUAGUUAAUAAGAAAUUAUAUAUGCACUGGCUGCUACAAGUCUACAACUAUGAAUAACAAAUGAUUAACAUUUAUAUCUUUUACAUAUGUUUUCGCUGC